AUGGCGUUGGCUGGUGUUGAAGAGCGAAUGGCGAGUUCUGAGAAUGCUGCAACGAGUGUGGAAGGCUCGAGACUGCGUGUACAACGUGAACGAAAAACUGCCAUGUGUGAAGCCUUGAAGAGUCAACUGGAAGCAAUGAACGUGACGUCGGGAUUGUUCCCUGAGCAACAACUUGCCGGCAUUCGCGCGUUUGCCGCUAGGGUCGACAAGAAGAAGAGCGGCAAACGCGAAAAAAGUUGA